AUGUUCUGUAUGGCAUUGCUAUGUGGUGGUUUAAGUGAAAACCACGUGACUAGAUUGCAUCCUCUGACUUUUCCUUUAAGGAAUUUCUUGAGUCGGGCUCGAAAUCAUCCUUCUUCUUCUUCUUCUUCUUCUUCUUGCUCGUCGUCAUUUUGUUUGGUGCUCUUGCCAAUUUGCUCUUUGGUCUCGUUGAUUAGGCCACCACUGUGGCAGGAGUCGGACACGAUUGUGAUCUGGCAUCCUUGUGACGGAAAAAAGUGGCUGACCGGUGAUCAGAUUCAUGUCCGUGGGGACAAUGCACUCGUCGUAGCCGGUGUCGUCGUCCUCGCGGGUCUCCGCCGGGAGUCGGGUGACGUGGCCGCUGUAGCCGACGAAGAGGAAGUCUCCGGGCCGGGACGAAUCGACCAGAUCCGCAAGUGCGGCCCGGAUGUUGUGGCCCGUGGGCUGGGUGUAGGAAUCGUCGCUGUCAAUGAGGACGGUGAUGUCGUCCUCGGAGAAGCCGUAGCGGUCGACGAGGCAGGCAUACAUUCGGCGGACAUCGUUGAUGCAGUCUCUGAGCUCCGCCUUUGUUCCGGGGUAGUUGCAGCCGAUCAGCACCGCCCUUCUCGCCAUGGAUUUUUUCGCCUUGGGAGAUGGAAAGGUAGCAUAUAUAGACUAAACCGAAAUGUCAACAUACCG